AUGACCUUGUGUCUCGUUCUUCCAUUUUCGCAAAGGUUCUCCAGCCAGAUGCCAGGCGAAGCACAGGGGGACUCUUCACUACAUGCCAUCUCACCGACGCCCAGGAACAAGGCUUUACUGCAGCUCGUAGCGUGGAGUAAGCAAAAGCAGACCCGGGCAUUUGAUUCAAUGGCCAAAGAAGAAAGAAGAAACAUUAUACAGUGGUGUUGGGCUUAUGCAACAAAGGAUGGGGAUAUGCGAGGAGAAGAUCAAGGUCUACGCUUGAAGAAUCCAAGACAGCUGAACUCUAACAAUGUUGGGGGCUUCAGAAUGCAGAAGUGGCAGGACCUAUCGCCCUUGAAUACUUCACCGGGCGCAAAUUGA